AUGGAUGCGCAGGCGCUGACGGACAAGAUUGUGGCCACGGGCAAUGCCAUCCGCGAACUCAAGGCGGCCAAGGAUGCGGGCAACGCCGAGGCAAUUUCUGCUAAAUUGCAGGAGCUGCUGGCACUCAAGGCCGAGUUCAAGACGCUGACAGGUGCUGACUACGCUCCUCCACAGCAGCCCAAGAAGCAGAAGGCGGCAGCUCCGGCCGCUGCUCCUGCCGACGGCGAGGCUCCCAAAAAGUCCAAAAGUCAGCUAAAGAAGGAGAAGAAGUUGGCCGAGCAGGCUGCCAAGAAGGCCGCCGGUGGCACCGCCAAGGCCGGUAAGCAGAAACAGAAGCAGAAGCAGGCCAAGCCCAGCGAGAGCGCCAAGCCGGCUGAGAGCGCGGCCGUCCCGUCUGACGCCGAGCUACUGCUGCGUCAGACUGAAUUCCAGCACCAAGUAUUGAGCUCGGGCGCGGCCAGUGGUGCCCAGGUCGUAACCCCCUGGGAUGUCGAGGCAGAGGACGGUGUGGACUAUGACAAGCUCGUGGAGCAAUUCGGCAGCACUAAGAUUCCGCCUGAGAUGGUAGAGAGGAUGGAGAGACUCACAGGCCACAAGGCCCACCGCUACUUGCGUCGCGGCUACUUCUUCUCGCAUCGUGACCUGGAUGUUAUCCUCGACGCCUACGAGAAGGGCGAAAAGUUCUUCCUGUACACGGGCCGUGGUCCGUCGUCGGGCAGUCUGCACAUGGGUCACUUAAUCCCGUUCACCUUCACGGCCUGGUUGCAGAAAGUGUUCGACGUUCCUCUUGUUAUUCAGCUCACAAAUGAUGAGAAGUUCCUGUUCAAGGACCAGACGCUGGAGGAGAGCGAAGUCAUGGCUUGGGAGAACGCCAAAGACAUCAUUGCCUGUGGUUUCGACGUCAAGAAGACCUUCAUCUUCGCCAACACGGACUACAUCAAGGAGAUGUACCCACAGAUCCUUAAGGUGCAGAAGUGCGUCACGUACAACCAGGUGCGCGGCAUCUUCGGCUUCACUGGAUCAGACAAUAUCGGCAAAUCGGCCUUCCCGGCCGUCCAGGCCGUGCCUUCUUUUUCAGAGACGUUCCCGGUGGUGCUUGGUGGACGCAAGGGCCUGCGUUGUCUCAUCCCGCACGCUAUUGACCAGGACCCAUACUUCCGUAUGACGCGCGAUGUGGCACCUCGUAUUGGCUACCUCAAGCCUGCUUCAAUGCACUCCAAGUUCUUCCCGGCACUACAGGGCAGUACCACCAAGAUGAGCGCUAGUAAGGCCAGCACCACUAUCUACAUCUCGGACUCGCCUGAAGACAUUGCCAACAAGAUCAAGAAGUACGCCUUCAGCGGUGGAGGUGAGACCAAGGCUGACCACGAGAAAUACGGCGCCAAUUUGGAGGCCGAUAUUCCGUACCAGUACCUGUCGUUCAUGCUAGAGGAUGACGAGGAGCUUGAACGCAUUGGCCAGGAGUACGGCGCCGGCCGCAUGAUGUCGGGCGAGGUGAAGCAGAAACUGAUCGACGUCAUGGCCGAGUACACGCUGGACUUCCAGCAGCGCCGUGCCGCCAUCACGGACGACCUCGUGUCCGAGUUCAUGAGCGUGCGCACCCUAGACUUUUAG